AUGUUGGAGAAGUAUAAAUGGGGAAACGAAAAAAAAGACGCUCGAUGCAAUCGUGAAAAACCUCCAUGCAAAUAUUAUCAUCCACCACAGCACCUGAAGGAUCAACUGUUGAUAAAUGGACGCAAUCAUUUGGCAUUGAAGAAUGCUCUUAUGCAACAAAUGGGAAUGCCACCAAAUGGGCAACCAAUUAUUACAAAUCAGAUGCAGCCAAUGGCUCCAAAUGCUUACAUAGCUGGUGUACCUGCUAGUAAUCAUUACAAUCCAUAUUUUGCUCCAGGACAAUUAGUACCUACAAUAUUAGGGCCCGAUCCAUCAACAGUGUCACAAGCAUCAGUCUCACCACAAAUGACGCAAUGUGUUCCACAACCUGUACCCAUGCCCCAACAACAGAAACAUCCCCAACAUUCCGACCGGAUUGAGACUUAUCCUGGUAUGGUGCCGUACAAAAGGCCCGCAGGAGACAAAUCUAGCAUUCCAAUUUAUCAACCGAACACUACCAAUUAUCAGCAGAUCAUGCAUAUGCAGCAGCCAUUCGUACCCGUCUCAUGUGAGUAUCCCGCAAGUGUAAAAACAAGCGAGCUUUGCUUCUAUCAAUUUGCGCACAAAACUGUCAUUAGUCUCAUCUCCAGAUCAUAAAUAAUUCUGCUUUAUUUUCUUCUCCGCCCCCUCAUCGGGAAAACUCACUCUUCCUAUAGAUAUCUUUAAACUUCCAACUGCACCGCUCGGGAAAGAGAUGAAUAUUUCAUCAUGAACUUUCGAAAAUGAAAACCCAUAACCCCGACGUGAAUUAUAGUCGGGAUGAAAAUUUUAUUCAGUUUUUUUACUUAUCAUGGAUCUUCUGUUAUUUUUGGAGUAAGGAGCAAGUGAAGAUGGUGAACAACGAGAAGGGAUUUCAAAUCGCAAUGGAUGGAAAGUUUCUUCUCAAUUUUUUUACUCGUUAAACGAAAAAAAAGGAAAAAAAAAACACCAACGGAAUGGAAUUUUUAUUCGCUAGAAAUGCGAUUAUAGUUUAUAUACACAUGUACUACCUACCUAGGUUGAACAGAAGGUGACAGUUUGACACCGGAGACAUUUUAUGUACAAUCAUAAUGUUUGAAUAAAAGUUUAUUGUUCGCUGAAAUCAACAUCAAUUUUCUAUGAUAGAAAAAUAAAAUAAAUUUACUUAGUUUGUUAAGUAUCUAAGAUUUUCAACUCAAAUUGAAUAUCUAUCAAGAUAUCAAAAUAAAGAAGAGAUGACAAAAGUUUAAAUUACUUUUGCUGCAAACAAAUAUGUAUUUAUCACUACAGUUGUUGAUUAGGUUGCACAAAAUUAUAUGAAAGAAGAAAAGAAAAUAUAAAAAAUUUCUGAAACUUAAUCAACUGAGACACUUAUCGAAGGAAAUUGAAGUCGUUUUCAGACAUUUCCUAUUUAUAUUAUUUUUCAAUGAUUAAUUUUAAUAGAAAGUCCUGGUUGAUGACUUUACAAUCAUGUCAACCUAAUUUAUACACACACUCUCACAUACAAACACAUAUAACUAAAAUAUCAACGAGUUUCACUUUAAGAUGAUAUUAAAUAAUGAAAUAUCUUAUAAG